AUCUCUGCUAAGCAGAAAGCUGUGGUGCUUCUGGAAGCUGCUCUCGGUGCUGGGGUGGGUGGUGUUGCUCUGCCCUUGUUAACUUGCUACUGGUGAGAAGCAGCAGAGGUGCAAGCAGCUCGGGGGUGCUGUGCCUGCUGUGCCUUUAUCUCUGCAGUUGCUCUUUGCUAAGACAGAUUUUGCUUUUGCAACCAAAACCAAACGCAGAGGCGAAAGCAUUUGUUUCCCAGCAGCACCGUAUGUCAUCAUAUCUCUGCUUCAUUCUGAUAACAACAGCAUGCCGUGCUGAUGUCCCACGUCAAUGCUCAGCACCUCUGUCUGUAAGGCCGGGCUGGGUGUCCCAUCUGCUGCUUGCCCAAGGUGAAGGGAACACUAAUCCAGGAUUCCUAUGGGCUGAGCCCAGCACUGAGCAGCACAAAGGGCAGCACGUUGCAGCCCCAAAGUGGGAGCGGAGGGGACGUGAUGCUGAGCUCAGCCUGGUCGAUGUUCUGAUAGGGAUCAGACAGAAGGGCGCUGCUGGUGUGAAAGUCUGCAUGCUGCAAUCAGAUGAAGUGUUUACAGGAACGAGGGCCAUCAGCAGCUCUGGGUUCCCACUCAUUUCCUGCUCUUUUGCUCAGUGAAUUGUUCUGCCUGGCAGUAGGAUGACUGCUGCCUCCUCCAGCAAGGAAAACCCCGUGGCUGUCCCCAUCCAUGUGUGCAAUGACAGCAUCAGUUCUCAGCCCAAACUUGCUCGGGGUGUCUGUGUGCUGUGGGGUGUCUGUGUGCUCUGGGAUGUCCGUGUGCUGCAGUUUCUUACCCCACAGCUUUGGAACCACGCUGCAGAUCCCAUCCUAUCCCAUUUCCAUUGAUGCAGUCGACUUCUGCUCUCUGUGGGUUUCCCCUCCCAUGCUCAUGGGCUACUCCAGCACAGAGCAGCCCAGACCCCCCAUGCCACCGCUGUGUGUCCUCCUCACCUCCAAUGAUUUUUGCCUUCCCGUGACAGCUUUCGCCCACUCUCUCCCAACCCCUUGCUCACAACUAAUAGUUAAAUUUGGACGUGAUGCUUUCCCUUCACCCCACUGCUACCCCACUGCAUGCUGCAGCUCCUCUCAUUUCCGGAUUUGCUCAAGGCCCGGUGUGAUAAGGCUGUGGUUUCCUCUGAACACGUGAGCAAGGGGAAAGCAGGGGGGGGGGGGGAGACGCUCAACCCAGCCCUAGGAUGGCGGCUGCUGAUGGAGCACCUAUGGGGACCCUCCCCAGGGAGGAGGAGAACCCCGAGGUAGGUGCUGUGGGAUGGGGACGGCGUUCGGGGCGAGGUGGCUGUGGGAGCACAGGAUGCAGGGCUGGCAGAUGGGGCUGCAUGGUGAAAAUGUGCUCAGGUGGAGAAAUGGGGUGAGGAGCGUGCGGCCAGGGCGUUGCUGGUGCUGGGGCCAAGGGAGAAGUAGGACUGAAUGCCCCCAAACAACAAAUUCAAUGCUGCCAGCUCAGCACUCCCUUAUCCAUGCCGUGUUCUGCUGCAGUGUUAACCUGCAGAGGUGGUGGAGCAGAACCCAGCACAGAUGGUCAGGGGAUUAUGGCAGCCCUGGAUUUGCCAUAAGCAAGCAGUGAUGAUCCAGUGGGUGUUUUUCUUUUCCCACUAGGAGGAUCCCAAGGUCAUUCUGGGUCUUGGGUUGGGCUCAUCCAUACCCCCCCUCCCCCAAACACCCCAGCCCAAUCUGGGCUGGGUCAGUGCUCAGCACAGAAAGGACCAAACGAGUUUCAAACAUUUCCAAAAUAUGAGUUCAAGGGUUUUUUUGUUUGUUUGUUUGUUUAUUUUUGGGUCACCCCACUGCACUCUCAAGGGGCUCAAACUCUGGGAACUGUCCCAAAUGGCACACAGCACCGUUAUGGUCACCAUCCCCAGGUGAAGAUAGGCAGAAAGAACAGUGGUUUUCAUUCCAUUGCCUUAAGUGCCACUGGGGUUUAAUGACAGCUUUGGGACAAGCUCACCCUGUCCCCACUACCCACCAUCACUGUGCCCCCAGACCUGAUGGGAAAUUCCUCCUUCCCCUCUUGUUUCUCCAGAUGGAUCUCUCACACCGCUUCUCCAAGCAAGAGCUGGCCCUGCUCUACCAGGAGGUGCUUUACACCAUCCGGCACCGUCUGGGCAAACCCCAGCCCCAACAUAUUGCUGACACCCAGGAGCUCUGUGCCUAUGUGCAGAAGGCUUUUGGCAUGGAUGCAGAGGAGCACAGGACCAUCAUGCAGCAGGUCCAGGAGCUGGAGAGCCCAAUUUUUUGUCUGAAAGCAACCGUGAAAGAAGCUAAAGGGAUUUUGGGUAAAGAUGUCAGCGGGUUCAGCGACCCUUACUGCCUGCUGGGCAUCGAGUCCAAGAGCCAGGAGCUGGCUCACCCCGACAGCAAGAGAAGGCUGAAGGCUGUAGUCAAGGACCUCAUCCCUGAAGACCAGAUCCAUCGCACCCAAAUCAUCAGCCAGACCCUCAACCCGGUGUGGGAUGAGACGUUUAUCCUGGAGUUUGAAGACAUGGAAACAGCCAGCUUCUACUUGGACAUGUGGGACUCAGACACGGUGGAGUCAGUGCGGCACAAGCUGGGCGAGCUGACGGACCUCCAUGGCCUCAAACGGAUCUUUAAGGAUGCUCGGAAGGACAAAGGGCAGGAUGACUUCCUGGGGAACGUGGUCCUCCGUCUGAAGGACCUGCACUGCUGGGAUGACCGGUGGUACCAACUGGAGCCACGCACAGAGACGUACCCCAACCGGGGCCAAUGUCACCUGCAGUUCCUGCUGACCCACAAGAAGAGGGCCACCACCUGCAGCCGGACGCAGCCGAGCUACACCGUGCACCGCCACCUCCUGCAGCAGCUGGUGUCCCACGAGAUCCUGCAGCACCAGGCUGGCAGCACCUCCUGGGACGGGGAGCUGAGCCCACAUGCCAGCACUGUGCUGUACCUGCAUGCCACGCAAAAGGAUCUCUCUGACUUCCACCAGGUCAUGGCGCAGUGGCUGGCAUACAGUAAGCUGUACCAGAGCCUUGAGUUCAACAGCAGCUGCCUGCUGCACCAGAUCACCAGCAUCGAGUACCAGUGGGUGCAGGAGCGCCUGCGGCCGGAGCAGAAAGCAGAGCUGGCAGAGUCCUUCCAGUCCUUGCUGACCUAUGGGGUGUCCCUCAUCCGGAGGUACCGCAUCAUUUUCCCCCUCUCUGUCACGAGGUCCACGGAGAGGCUGCAAUCCCUGCUCCGGGUCCUGGUCCAGAUGUGCAAGAUGAAAGCUUUCAGAGAGCUGUGCACAGUCAGCCCUGAACUCCCCAGAAUGGUCUCUGAGGCGCUCAAGUCGGGCACAACAGAGUGGUUCCACAUGAAGAAGCAGCACCUCCAGCCCAUGGUGAAGAGCAUGGAGGAAAAUAGCAAAGCCUUGGCCAAACUCCUUUUGGAGGUGAUAGGAGAUCUCCAGCAAUGCCAGAAAAUCUGGAAUAAAUUCUUCAUCAGCACCUUGAAGCUGAAUCUCUUCUCCAUCACCUACUUGGAGCUGGAGAGCCUGGUUGCAAAGCAUGUCCAGGAGCAGCUGCGCGAGGUCGACACUGGCAUGUCCAAACCCACAGCUGAAAGCCUUUUCCAGCUCUACCUGAACCUGCAGGAGCUCUACAGGAUGAAGGACUUCCUCCCGAGAAGGGAUGGGCCUUUGGCUCUGAGUGAUUUCCACCAGUGGUUCAAGGAAGCUGUGCCUCAGUGGCUGCAGAAAGCCUACAGCAUCGCACUGGAGAGAGCACAGAGGGCUGUGCAGAUGGACCAGCUGACACCCUUUGGGGAGCACAACAAGCACAGCACGUCCACUGUUGACCUGUCCACCUGCUACGCCCAGAUCGUGAAGACCUGGCAGCAGCUCAACUGGCCGGAUCCUGAGGAAGCCUUCAUGAUCAUGGUGAAGCUCGUGGAGGAUAUGUGCAAAAUCGCCCUGAUGUAUUGCCGGCUCAUCAAGGAGAGGGCUGAGGCUCUGUCACUGUGUGAACAGAAUGAGGGUGAAGCAGCCAACAGGCUCUGCAUCGUGGUGAACAACAUCAAGCAGCUGCGACUGCUCAUCCUGAAGCUGCCAUUGCAGCUGGACUGGGCCCAGCUGGAGCGGCGCACGGGGGCUGUCAUUGGCCAGCAGCAGAUCCAGCACACGCUGCACCAUCAGCUCGACAGCACCGUCUGCUGUCUGGACCGUGAGGUUCAGGACGUGGUGCAAGCCCUGGCCACCAAGCUGGAAGCGGGCAUCGCCAGGCACAUCCAAGAGCUGUCGGCCUCCAACAAUGCUCAGGAUCCUGAGGAUUCCAUCCUCCCUCUCAUGAAAUUCCUGGAGUCGGAGCUGCAGUACCUCAACGAGCACCUGGUCCAGGAGAACUUCAAAAGCCUCCUUGCUCUGCUCUGGCAUCACACCUUGGCCGUGCUGACAGCGGCUGCGGGCCCACAGGUGCCCUCGGUGCAGCACUGCAGGAAGCUGCACUGUGCCCUGAAGAGCCUGGAGCUGUGCUUCCAUGCUGAGGGUUGCGGGCUGCCUCUGGAGACCCUCCACAGCACUGACUUCCAGUCAUUGGAGAGCCGUCUGGCCCUCUGCUCCUCCACCAGCCGCAGGCUCAUCCAGAAGUACUUCAGCAACAGGAUCCAGGAGCAGCUGGGCAUCAGCUCUGAGAAGUACGGGGCUGUGACCAUCAAGGCUCUGUACCGCCCUUCGGAGCAGAAACUGCGCGUGGAGGUGCUCAAUGCUGCCAACCUCAUCCCAUUGGACUCCAACGGCUCCAGUGACCCCUUCGUGCAGCUCACCCUGGAGCCCCGGCAUGAGUUUCCAGAGGUGGUGGCCCGCUGCACCCAGUGCAAGAGGAAUGAGCUGCACCCCCUCUUCGAUGAAGCCUUCGAGUUCCUCAUCCCCUCUGAGAAAUGCCACCAGGACGGGGCCUGUCUGCUGCUCACUGUCUUCGACUAUGACACUCUGGGUGCCAACGACCUGGAGGGAGAAGCUUUCUUCCCACUGUGCCACGUGCCUGGCCUGGAUGCUGAUGAGGACCAGGCUGACAUGGGAUGGGUGCCCCAAACACGCCUGCCCCUCAUCCACCCCAAACCUGGUGGAGAUGAGAUCCUGCGGCUGCUGGAGUGCAGGAAGGGGGACAAGGAGGCCCAGGCCUUCGUCAAGCUGCGCAAGCAGCGAGCCAAGCAGUCCAAGGAGACAGCGUGAGGGGCAGAGGGCCCUAAAUGUGGGGGUCCAGAGCGGGAUCCCAUGGGAACAGCAAGCCCUACCCCUACCAGUGCCCCCCGUGGGGCUCAGGAGGGUUUUGGGGUGGUUGGGGGUUUUCCUGCAGACUAACACUACAUUGCCUGGCCGUGUGCAGAGCAUGGGGCAGCAGCAUCGCUGUGGGGCUGGGGCAACCUGCCUCCUUGGUUGUCUGUUUUUUCCUUUUAUUUUAAAUUAGAAGCAUGGAAGCAGGUG